AUGGGCCCGCCAGACAUAGGUAUGCAAGGCGCGGAUAUAGCUCACCGUCUCGGCUGGCCCUACGGUAUCCGCUUCGCGCCGUACUGGGCGGGCCGCAUGUUUUGGCGCACAAUGGCAAUUGGCCGUCUUGAUCUCAGCGAGGAAGAGCGCCUCGAAAUGCUGCUGAAAGAAUCACGAACCGCACCUGAGAAAGAUCGCGAUAUCUUUGACGACGUGGAUCUCAUGCGGUUGGUUGUCCGGUCGAAUUCUCAGGCUUUUGCGCAGGGGUAUGAGGGCGUGUGGGAUGACGGGAAGAAGAGUAGCAAGCCUUUUGGGUUUGAGGUAAAGGAUUUGAGGGACGAUUUGGAGGUGCAGUUGUGGUAUGGGAAGAAGGAUGUUUUUGUGCGCACCAUUGCAUGGAGUGCAGAUUGCGGCGAGGUUAGGUGGGAGGGCGCGGUUGAGGAUGGAAGAUGAGUCGCAUGCGGGGAUACAGAUACAUUGGAGAAAAGAGAUUCUGGAGGCUUUGAGGGAUGCCAUGUGAUGAUAGGACGGCGACCAUUGUUUUUUGUCCAUAUGCGUAAUCUUCUCUCAGUCUAUAUGUGUUCAGUAUCACCUA